AUGUCUCACGUGUGGUACGAAACGUAUGAUUUAAUGACCGUGCAAAUUUCCACCAGGUACGGCAACCUCUCCGUGUCGUACGACCAAUCGCACCACGCGGAAUGCACUCCCGAUGAGACGAAUAUUGGAAAGCGGCCGAAGAGGAAACCGUUGAUUACCUACCACGAUUGCGGAACGAAUCACCGGACGUGUUUCUCCUCGUUCUUUUCUUGCUUGGGGAAAGAGCACGAGAUGAACAAAAAGUUUUGCGCGUACCACGUGGACGCGCCGGGGAUGCAAGACGGGUCCGUGGAAGGCGUUCCCGAGGAGUUUGAAGGAGAGGUGACUUUGGACAAAUUAGCGCAGCAGUUGGAAGACGUGAGCGAUUUUUUCGGAUGGACGAGAGGAGGGACGAAGACGAACAACACGGAGGUGUUUGCGAUUGGGGUUGGAUCCGGGGCGACGGUUCUUUCCAUAUACGCGAAUCGGUUUGCAAAUCCAAUCGUUGGCGUGAUUUUAGUGUCGCCGAUGUCGAGGCAGGCGAAUUACGCGGAGUGGAUGUACGCGAAGUGGUUUCGGGUGAAGUGCGUGAGGGCGAGGAAAAGAGUGUCCGAGUCCGGAGCGAAUCACUUGAUGGGGAGACUAUUUAGUAAGUACGGGUCAGAUGGGUUCGCGGGGAAGUUUUCCAGCGAUUUGGCGUUGACGACGAGGAAUGAGAUGCAAGAUAUGCGGGUAGAUGCGCUUUUGGCGUAUUACGACGCCACGGUGAAUCGGUUGGAUAACACGCACAUCGCGCAUUCGUUAAAGUGUAGGACGUUGAUUUUAGCCGGGUCGGAGUCGCCGUGGUAUAACGAUAGUUUGCACAUGAAUAGUCGGCGGUAA